CAGUUAUACACAGCUAUGGAUGACAAGGAAGAAGAAAACUACUCGGUAAGCUCUCACUCCAUUCACUCUUAUUUCAAAUUAUUUUCUCUCUCUCUUUCUCUGGGUAUUUCUGUGGCCAUGUUUUACUUGGAACCUCAAUUGUUGCAGGCUAGCUUUACACCCUUGGAUUACACUCUAGACCAUCAUUAUCAUCAUCAACAGCAGCAGCAGCAGCUCCUUAGGCCAUUCCAUGGAGAGAAUUCCAAUGCUGGAAUGGUGGAUUACAUGUUGAGUAACCCUCCACCUCAACAAGCAUCACCAGCUGGUUUCUGCAGUGCCUCCUCUUCACCUCUAGAUAGGUUGAGCUUUGCCGAUGUGAUGCAAUUCGCCGAUUUCGGACCCAAGUUAGCCUUAAACCAGACCAAGAUCGCAGAUGAAGAGACCGAGAAGGCAACAGUGGCUGAAGAGGAGGAAAGAGAGGAAGAAGAAGAAGGUCAGGUUUCUGAGAACACAUUGGUGCAGCGGCGGCGGCAGCUUCGAAUACUUCAAAAGAGCACUAGUUGUGAAGCUAAUAAGAUCCGGCGAAAGAGAUCGAGGACUAUCAAGACUAGUGAAGAGGUUCAGAGCCAAAGGAUGACUCAUAUUGCAGUGGAACGAAAUCGAAGAAAGCAGAUGAAUGAACACCUUAGAGUCUUGAGAUCCCUCAUGCCUGGUUCUUAUGUUCAAAGGGGAGAUCAAGCAUCAAUUAUUGGUGGUGCGAUUGAGUUUGUGAGAGAAUUAGAGCAACUACUUCAAUGUUUAGAGUCUAAGAAGCGGCGUAGACUCUAUGGGAGCGGCGGUGAGCCUCCACUUCCAAUUGUAGUACAAUCUCAACCAUCAUUCAAUCCUCCAAUGUUUCUUCCAAAUGAUCAAAUCAAGAUUGCAGACUUUGAUACUGGAUUUUAUGAAGAAACAGCUGAGAAUAAAUCUUACUUAGCUGAUGUUGAAGUAAAGCUCUUAGGGUUUGAUGCUAUGAUCAAGAUCCUUUCUAGAAGAAGACAUGGACAACUCCUUGAGACCAUAGCUGCUCUUGAAGAUUUGAAUCUUGAUAUCCUUCACACCAACAUCACCACCAUUGAACAAACAGUUCUCUAUUCCUUCAAUGUCAAGGUUUCAAGUGAAUCGAGGUUUACAGCUGAUGAUAUCGCGAAUUCAGUCCAACAGAUAUUCAUCCAUGCAAGCAGCAUCACCACCAACAACACAAUAUGAUAUGCAGGAACUGAAAAAUUAAGUUGC